AAUACACACCGAAGUUACUUCUCAAACAAUGGCUAAGCCAAAUUCUGAUUCUGUAUCACACUGCAAUCCUAGCUUUAAUCGUAGCCAAACAGCACAAAGGAAACAUAUUCCUGCUUGGGUAGCCAUUAACCGCCUGUUACUGGAAUGGUCGUGUUGAACUUGAACGCUUCUGGCUAUGGCAUCGAGUGGGCACUGGAAGAUUUUUGGAAUGCUUGAUCAUCCUUUCCUACCAACACUGUAUGCAGAGCUUGAUUGUUGCCAGUACUCAUGCUUGGUCAUGGAAUACUUUCCUGAUGGCGACUUGCUCACUCUUCAGCAACGCCGGUCUGAUAUGAGAUUUACCAUCCCAUCAUCUAAUGCUAUGCUAGUCCUAUCCCCUGGCCCCGUCCUUAAACCCCAAAGUUGUUCAUUUAAAUCUCCCUUUUCAUAUAUAUAUAUAUAUAUAUAUGUAUGUAUGUAUGUAUUGGUCGAAUGCAUGAUCUUAACAGGUCAACGAUGUCGGCACUUCAACUACAAAAGCUGUUCUAUUCAUCAUCACUAUUUGUUUGCGGAAGAGAAAGCGAAGAACGUGAGCAUUAUUGAAGAGAAAAAUUAAAAUCACGUUUGAUUGAAAAUCGAAAUGCAUGAGCAAGUAACAAUAUUGUCAUUGUCAUGGACUCAAGGAUGACUAAAUCCUUAUCUUAUGGAAUGAACUGGAAUCCUAAAGCAUGUGAGCCAGGGACUCUUGUCCCAUAUGCUAUACAUGUUCUGUAGCAUAAUAAA